UUCAUUUCAUUUAGCCAAAAGAAAGAAUACCAACAUAGCAAGAGAACAAAGAGAAGAAGCAAAGAGACCUUCUACGAUCAUCAAUGCCUGCCAAAGUUUAUAUUGUGUAUUACUCAAUGUAUGGUCAUGUGGAAACACUAGCUAGGGAAAUAUUGCGCGGGGCUAAUUCUGUAGAGGGUGUUGAGGCCAAACUGUGGCAGAUACCUGAGACACUGCCACCUGAGGAGCUUGUUAGGCUGAGAGCACCACCAAAGAGUGAUGUACCAAUCAUUAACCCUUUUAAACUGCCCGUGGCAGAUGGUUUUGUCUUUGGUUUUCCAACAAGAUUGGGAAUGAUGGCUGCUCAGUUCAAGGCUUUCCUGGAUUCAACUCAAUAUCUAUGGAAAGCGCAAAUGCUUGCGGGCAAGCCUGCUGGAAUCUUCUAUAGCACCAGUUGCCAAGGUGUUGGACAAGAGACUGCACCGUUUACUGCUAUCACUCAGCUGGUUCAUCAUGGAAUGAUAUUUGUUCCAAUAGGAUACACAUUCGGUCCUGGCAUGUUCGAGAUGAAGGAGCCGAAAGGUGGAAGUCCUUAUGGUGCAGGAACUUACACUGGUGAUGGCUCUAGGCAGCCAGCUGAGCUUGAGUUGCAGCAAGCAUUCCACCAAGGGAAUCAUAUCGCUACCAUCAUAAAGAAGUUCAAGGAAGAUGCUCACCCAAUUUUUACUCUACACAAUAGAGGAUAUUGAUUUGUGUUCUCUGUGCCUGAAAUUUUCUAUUUUCAGAAGA